AUGCCCAAACAGUUAACCCUGGAUUUCUUUGUUCGUAAACAUCCUCAGUCUUCGGGGAGAACUGUCAUAGAUUCAGAAUCUGCAGAGCCUAUACCUGUGCCGGUAAAGACAGAAGAUGAGGCAACCAUGAAAUCUGUCGCAUCUUUCGCUGACAGACAAAAGCCUUCCACUCCGCAAUGCCAAACACAGGUAUUCAUAGCAGAGCCUUUAAUCAGACGUGUUAGGCCCGGCCUAGAAGCAUUUCGAGCCCAGCCAACCGCCAGUUUAACUAGUGCCAGCGCCAGUCCCAGUCCUAGAGGCUUCAGCACUCCAGGAGCAAGUCCACAACAAGGUCAUCUGAAAGCAAGCGCAUCUCCUCUUCACUCUUCUAUUCCUCAGAAAAACCUCUCUUCUAAAAGGCGAGCAGCGUCGACCAGUGAAGAAAGCCAUGAUGACAUUAGAAGCCCCAACCAAGGCAAGCAAGCUCCAACUACAGGAUUCACUAGACAGUACGCGUCUAUCCGCAAAAGACUUGAUAGUAAUACCGUGCUAUACAUCCGGAAGGGUCGCUUCUUUGAACUUUACGAACAAGACAGUAUCUUUGGCAAUGUUACCAUGGGGCUAAAGCUAACCAGGCACGCCUCGUCUAUGAGUAUGUGCGGCGUUCCCGACUAUAUGUUGGACAAAUAUAUCAAACUGACCUUAGAUUCUGGGAAGCGGGCAGCUAUAGCUGACGAAAUGCCAGAAAUGGAUAAAGUAGAGAAGGUGCAGAAACGACAAGUCAUUGCAGUAUAUUCACCUGGAAGCGUAUCAUCUGCAUUGCUACUUGGAACUCAGUAUGGAAUACUUUACAUUGAGGAUAGAGGAUCGGCAGACUCCGACUCAAAAUAUCUGCAAUUUUACGACCCGCUACGUCGCCUCAUUUUAGUUAAGUCAGAGCCCUGCACGAUGGGGGAGGUAAUAGCUUUGAUACAGCGUCUUUCUCCUGCUGAGAUAGUUAUCAGCUCGUGUGUCUAUGAGCUAGUUCGUGCUCAGCUUUCGGUAUAUUUUCUAGGGCCAAUCUACGCGUACAAUAAUCUUUAUGCCACUGUUUGCUCUACCAAUCUCUUGUGGGACAUCUCUUUGGAUGCGCUUGAAUCUUGUGCUAACAUUUCUUCAGCCUUUCGGUAUUAUCUAAAUUAUUUAUUGGCAACUGAUAAGCGGUUAACGCCCAUACAGCAAGGAGACAUCGCCGAGUAUCUCACUAACAUCACGUUGAGUGGCAUAUUCCGGCUGCCUCAAAACUCGUCGCCCAUAGCAACAUUACCCAUGCUCACCCUGUCAUCUCUAGGUAUCCUACCUCUCUGUUCUGCAGAUAGCCUUGCUAGAUUCGAAGCCGUCGACUCUAGUGUUUUUGAAGUCUAUAACAAUUGCGUAACACGAGAUGGCUCCCAAAUGCUGAAGAUGUGGCUAAUGAACCCGUUAUAUGACGUAGAAACAAUCCAGUUGAGACAAAAUGCUAUUAAACUUUUUGCCGACAGCGUGAACCACAAGCAUGUAGAGGCAGUUCUCACUUCUCUCAAAGCAGUAGGAACUAGUCUAUAUUACCUUGUGCUAGGGUGUCGAUCCAACUGUCACUUUAACUCCUUCAAUGUUCUAGAGCAAUCCACUCUCAGCAACAGGCUAUUUGUGCAGCUGCUUGUGACCAUUAUUCGAACGUGUUCGGCAGCAGAAGCUUUACACACGCUUCUAGGCUCCAACGAAAAGAAUGUGCAGUCAAAUGAGAUGCUGAGGCAUUUCUCGUCAUCCAACAGUUGUUGGAAGUUUCUUGAAACAUUGUACAAUAAAGUCGCAAGCAUGUUUGAGGUAGAUACUCCCCAGACAAUGCUCAGAAAAGAUUUUAAGUUGAGUGCCAACAGUAACGAGCCUAACCUUCAAAUAGUAGACGCAUUACUGGACAGAAUAGAGCAGCGAUAUGUGGAAUAUCUCAAUACGCUGGCUCAAACACAUAGGCUAUCUCCCAGCCUCAAGGACUACCCACUGACUGCCCUCACUCCAGCAACCAGCACCGCUAAGGUGUACACAUUUAGCCCCUUUCCUGACCGGCACCUAGUCAUUGGAGACUCUCUAAUUCCCCUUGCUAAGCAAUCACAUUUUGCUAGGAUAGAAGGAAUAACACAGAUCAGCAGCACUAAGACAGCUGGCCGCUUUUCUGUCCUUGACCCGCUCCCGAAUGAAACGAUAGCUGCUGCAAAUCUUGCCACAAGAGCCACCGAAAGUCAGUCGCAAUACAACCAACAGGCGUUGUGCCGUCUCCUUGGUGUGGAUGUUACCGUUGAUGGUGCUACACAAGGCACAAGAGCCAAAGUAAAACUUCUCAUCCAGGCUCUCGACAAGGUGGCUUUCAGAAGACUCUUGGAGCUUGAGAGCUUCUUGCUGCGACGGAAGAAUUCCAUUCUCAAUACACUGAAGCUAGAUCUUCUGGUUUUUCUUUUCGAGCAUGAGGACAUGAUUCGGGAAAUGUGCUCUAUCUUCUCCCAGGUGGAUGUUUUGUGCUGCUUUUCUAAGUUGUCUCGAAUAUACGCACAUGUACCAUGGUCCUACCCACUCUUUCAGCCACCAGUCCACGAACAAGAGCAUAUACUAGACAUUAGCAAGGCCUAUCAUCCAAUUGCACUUAAACUCAGCCAAGCACGUCUCAAGGCAUGGGUGCCUCUCGAUUGCAACUUCCAGAAUAACAAAAUGCUUGUCCUCACCGGGUGUAACAUGUCUGGAAAGUCCACUGCGAUGAGAUUGAUCGGGAUUGCUGUUCUAUUGGCACAGAUUGGUGCACCCUUGCCUUGCUCCGGUAUGGUCUUAACGCCAUAUAACACAAUCCUCGCCAAGAUAGGAAAUGAAGAAGAUAUCCGCUCCACUUUUCAAAAGGAAACCGCCGACUGUGCAGAGCUACUCCAAGAGGCCUUACGUCCCGAUGCCCGAUCCCUUUUUCUUCUCGAUGAAUUUGGACGUGGCACCGAUUCGACCACGGGUGACGCGCUUGCGGAAGCUGUCUGCAGGCAGCUGACUCAGCUGAAUCUUCGGGCCGUUGUAUCCACACAUAGUCCGCUAAUGGCCCUCAAGCUUGAACAAGACAAACAGGUCCGACUUUGUCACAUGAGUUAUGAAAUAACGGCCUCAGGAAUCCAGUUUAAGCAUACUCUUUGUCACGGUCUUUGCACUCGCUCAUUUGGUUCGCAAGUGGCAAGGUUGGCAGGCUUCCCCACAGAGCUACUUGAGCAGUGCGACAAGCAUACACGAGGGUUCAUUUACUCUUGUAUCCUUUCUACAAUGGAAGCUGUCGAGGAUAUGUUGGGGCAGAAGUAG